AAAUUUUGGUGUGGGAUCAUGACAGACAUGACAAUUGAGCAAACGCUUAUGCGCUCGUUUAAGGUUAAAGGUGGAUUGACUCAGGGCGGUAGAAUAAACGACACUUCGCAGAGGAAAUGGACUCUAGGAGCCGCUUACAUGCAAGAUGUUUGCCAAAAAGUAGAAGAAUUUGCUGGGAUUAUUACAGGAACAAGUGAACAGCAUAUAGAUUCAAGGCAAAGUCGAGUUUCACGCGAUAAUAGUAAUGCUGAAAAACUUUCAGUCUGGUUCAACACUCAUGAUCCCUUUCCGGAGACUAAAUAUUUUAUGUCCAUUAGCACAGGAGUUGUUGGAUCUGAAAUCGUUAAUUGCCAUCGCGCCUUCGAAAUUGGGAUGGAAAUGAUGAAGAAAAUAAACGGUUCUACCUACGAUUCGUUGUCCUUCAAACGAAAGGAUAAAAUCCUGGCCUUGGCUGCAAUAAACAGUAGCUUGAACAUCCAUUCCGUUUCCGUAGCUGUUAAUCCUUUGCUGCUUUUUCAAAGAAUUUCUCUGUCAAAGCAAAGUGACGAAGACCUUAAAAAUGUUCUCAAUUACGAACUCUCGCCGUUUCCCCUUUCUUUGUUUACUGAAGAAGGAAUGAGGAAAGGAACGAAAUCAUCAUUCUACACAUCGUUUGCGCCACUGUCAGACACUCCUCAAUUCGGGACGAAGCGACUCGAUGUGAUAGACGGGGGUUUCCUAUUGCACAGGGUUAUUUGGGACAGCCAUUCGAAUUUUGGGACAACAUGCAAAAAAUAUGUUACCUACGUGCGUCGCCGUUUUGCCAAAGACAUCGUCGUCGUUUUUGAUGGUUAUGCAGAAGAUCCACAUUUUGCAGGCACCAAAGAGUCGGAGCGUCUGCGGCGAGCAAGGAAACAACAAUCUUCUGACAUAAUUUUUGACGAAAAUACAGUACCUACAGUAUCCCAAGAAAAAUUUCUGAGUAACGGAAAGAACAAAGCGCGCUUCAUUAACAUGUUAAUGAAACAUUUACAGUUAUCCGAUGUUACCGUUGAACAAGCGUUCGAAGAUGCGGACACACUAAUUGUCAAAACUGCAAUAGAAAAUGCAUCUUUGUACGACUCUGUCACAAUUAUUGGUGAAGAUAUUGACCUUCUCGUUCUGCUCACUGGUCUAGGACAGGAAACUCCUAACGUAUUUCUCCGUAAACCCGGAAAAGGAAAAACUCAGGAGGCCCUAUACUCGGCAAAAAGUUUCAAACAUAGUUCUAUAAUCGAUCACAUCUUUCUUCUUCACGUGUUCACAGGAUGUGAUACUACUUCAGCAAUUUACAAUAUUGGCAAAACGAAAUUAAUCAAUAUUCUCGAGAAAAACGAUGGACUUCGAGAAGUUCUUGGCAUGUUCAAGAAAAUGAAACUCGAUAUUGACGUCUUGACAGCAGCAGGAGAAAAAAUAUUUUUCCUGUUAUUUGGUGGGACCGGAGAAGUGUCGCUUAAUUCCCUACGAUAUAAGCAAUUCGUUAAAUUAGUGAAUAAAACAAAAUUCAAUCUUUCCUCCUUGCCUCCUACCGCAGCGGCUGCAAAGCAGCAUACAUUCCACGCAUAUCAUCAAGUGCAAACCUGGCUUGACAUCCAUAAGGAUCCAGAAGAAUGGGGCUGGCGACGAACUCCAGUAGGACUACAACCAAUUAUGACCACCCAAGAUCCAGCGCCUCCCACGAUACUGGAAUCGAUAUCGUGUAAAUGCAAAAGAAAAUGUGGAGCAGCCUGUGGUUGUCGCAAAGCUGGGCUUAAAUGCUCGGUAAUAUGCAAACAUUGCAGUGGGGAAUCAUGUACAAACAUUGCACAAUUGCAAGUACUCCAAGACGACGACGACUGCGACGAAUUUCCCCCGGUUGAC